GAUUUGACGCAACCGGGAGAGCAAGUUUGCCAACGUGGUUAGAUUUUCUUGGCGAUCAUCACCCAAUUCGUUGUCGGCUGGUUACAUGAUCUUCAAUUUGGUGGUACCUGUGCGUCCUUGUUUUCUCAGCAAAUAUUAAAGCAUUUAAUUAGUGAAAUGUCAAAACGGAAUUCGGCAAAUUUUUACUAAUUCUUACCCGCCUUUUUGUUGAGUACGCGCUAGUAUUUACAACAAUAAAAUGAUUGGAUUGGCAAUACUGAUGAGAGAAAGAAUUUAUAAGCAAUUGUAGCGGAUGGACGAAAAACUUCCCAAAAGAGGCAUAGCCAGUAAUAGGAAUUUUUAUUGGAAUAUUGCAAAUUGAUGAAAAUGUUAUCGCAGUCCGCCGACAAUCACUUUUCGCAAAUGAAACAGAUCGACGUUGAAGAUCUGCGGUAUAUCGAAAGAGAUCUUUCUUAUUAUCAAUUGGUGUCUUUAGGUUUCCUGCUGUUUGGUGAGGAGAAAACCUCUGCUGAAUAUAUAUUGCAGAAACUAAUAGUACUUUCAAAACAUCCACCUAGUGGUUGCGGUCAGGCAACACAGAAUGGCGGUGAUAUGAUACUACGUCUUUAUGCAAACUCUAAGCGAAACAAUUGGCGUGAGGGAUUACUAGAAGCUCUGACCAUCAUAAAUGCUAAAAGAGUACUACGUAAAUUGGGUUUUCGUUGGAAAGAUCUACAUCAUCAUUAUUUGCCGCAAAUUGCAGAGCUUAGCAUAAAUAUUCAUCCCAUGCUAAAAGCUCUUUAUAAAAUAUGUGAAGAGCUUACAGCCGCUCAAGCUAGGCGACUAAUUUCAAGAAUCCAAACUGAUUCUCGUAAGAAUGGAGAAGAGUGCUUAGAUUUCCGCAAUGCCUUGUACUUGGAGAUUUUUUUGUUAGAUUGGAUUACUCGACGAGUAAUAAGGAUAGGCGACCGCCAAUGCACUGGCACGGACGUACAUGUUUUAAUAGAAUAUUUUAAGCUCAAUGACAUGGACUCAUUGAAAGACUUGCUAAAUAAUACGGUUACACAAAAUGCUGAAGAAGUUGAAUUACAAAACAAAUAUUUUUCUCCACCGGCCGCAGAUUCAGCAGAAACUUCUCUUGUUGAUGAGCAGGAAAACGUGUUUAAAUACUUGAACGAUAAUCUCUUAGUGGGACAGGAAGACGAUGACAGUACCUUUUAUAAAAUUAGAAGAGAAAGUGCUGGUUUUGUUGUGAUCAUUAAUCAAAAUGAAUUUCAUCAAGAGACGGAUCCUAGGUGGACACACUUAUUACCUAAAAGACCAUUCCCUACGUGUCGUAAAGGUACAGAUGUCGACCGCGACAGGUUAACGAAACUGUUCGAAAGCCUUGGUUACAUACCCAAAGUUUAUGAUAACUUAAGUCACUUAGAAAUGGUAUAUCGAAUACGUGAAACUGUCAAAAGUUCAAUAAUCUAUGAUUCUUUGAUUGUUUUUAUUUUAACGCAUGGCGCUAAUGGUGUUGUCUAUGGCAGCAACAGCAUACCGGUGAAAAUUUCGGAAUUACAAAAAAUUUUCUGCGAAGAGAGUUUUAAAAAUAAACCUAAAAUUUUAAUAAUACAAGCGUGUCAAAAGGAUCAACCAAGAAUAGACGAGAUCAUUUCGUCGGAUGCUAGCAAGAAAGAUCCUUUAUCUUAUGCCGAUAUGUUAGUGGCUUUGGCGGCCAUACCAGGUACGGAAGCAUUGCGUGAUACUCAAAAAGGAUCAUGGUACAUUCAGACAUUGUGUGAUAUUAUCGAGAAAGGGGACAAAAAAACAUAUUAAGUUAGCGCGGACGUAUGAAACACGCAGAAGGGCUUAAAAUAGAUACAUUUCUUAUUAUAUCGAUAUAUUCAGAAUCGUAAUGUAAAUUGAUCUAGGCCUGUUUGUCUGAUGUGUGUUCAUGCGAAAUUGUGUUCAAGCUACAGAUCGCAAUUCUAGAGAUAUUUUGAAGAAAUUUGACCCAAGGAUCCAAGGACGAAUGUUAUUGAAAAUGGUUCGGAACAGUCCACUUUGUCGAUCAUAUACCGCCCUAUUCUGAAAAGUUGCUAUAUGGAAAAAAAUUGUAAUUUUCAAAAUUUCUCGGCAAAAUUGCUUAAGUAGUAGAAUUCCGGCAAUCAAAAUUGGGAUGAAAACUUUGGACCGGCCGAGGCAAUUUUUGAACCCCCUCUCUCGAUUUCAUAUACUAAAAACUGAAGU